AGGUCUGGUCGCAGAGACAGGAACGCGUAAUCCUCAGCGUGCACCAUCCCGACAGCAUCCCUCCACGGCUCGGCAGGGCAGCGAGCCUUUGGGCACCGGCCCCUCUGCUGCGCGGAAAAGCCUGAUGAAGUCCUCCGAUAUCGAUCAGGACUUAUUUACAGACAGUUACUGCAAGGUGUGCAGCGCACAGCUGAUAUCGGAAUCUCAGCGUGUGGCCCACUACGAGAGUCGAAAACAUGCCAGUAAAGUCCGACUGUAUUACAUGCUUCACCCCAGGGAUGGUGGAUGUCCUGCCAAGAGGCUCCGAUCAGAAAAUGGAAGUGAUGCCGACAUGGUGGAUAAAAACAAGUGCUGCACCCUCUGUAACAUGUCCUUCACCUCAGCGGUGGUGGCUGACUCACAUUAUCAAGGCAAAAUCCACGCCAAAAGGUUAAAACUGUUGCUAGGAGAGAAAACCCCAUUAAAGACCACAGCGACACCUCUGAGCUCACUUAAACCUCCGAGGGUGGACACUGCUCCAGUGGUCUCAUCUCCCUAUCAAAGAAGAGAUUCAGACAGAUACUGUGGGCUCUGUGCAGCCUGGUUUAACAAUCCUCUGAUGGCCCAGCAGCAUUAUGAUGGCAAGAAACACAAAAAGAAUGCAGCAAGAGUUGCUUUGUUAGAACAGCUUGGGACAACUCUGGACAUGGGGGAACUAAGAGGUCUGAGGCGCAAUUACAGAUGUACCAUCUGCAGUGUCUCUCUAAACUCAAUAGAACAGUAUCACGCGCAUCUGAAAGGAUCUAAACAUCAGACCAACCUGAAGAAUAAGUAGUGAAAACAUCAAUCAAGAGAUGAGAAAAAAAAAAAGUCAGGAUUUCUCUGCCAUGGAGAAUUGCUCAACAACCACCAGAGGAAGAUUCUUUCUUGAACAAUGAACAUUUCUUAUAAGGAUUCACAAAUUAACAUAUGACUAAUCUUAGUUUUGGAGAGUGAAUGAGCUGUCUUCCUUUUUUUUUUUUUUUUUUAAUUUUGUGGUAAGUUAUGACAUUUGGAUGGAUUUUUAAAAUUCUUUCCUGAUAAUAUAUUUAGCACAUGUUCUAAAUUACAAUCCUAUAGCAAACAGCAGAGGCAUCAUUCAAACUUAAAGACGGUGGAAAAAAUCUCAGUUUCCAAUUUAUUCUCAGAUUUCUUCAACAUAUACUUAUUGUGUGAAAUCCUUGCUGAUUGAGAUGCAAACCACUUCAAUCAUGAAAUAAACUUUAUUUUUUCAUCGUGUUGAACACAAUUGGUGGCAACCUGCACAGAACCAGACGAAUCACUGUUAGCAGAAGAUAUUUAAUGGACACGAAUUCUCGUUUCACCUUUAAAAAUCAGCCCGCUUUGCCCUCGGAACAAGAAUGAAGAAAGUAAAUCAAGGAGGAGUCCUCAUCUCUGGGUUUUUGUUUUUGUUUUUUUUCCAAUCAUUCAAAGAACAGUUUCUCGAGGUUAAGCCAAGUCCUCUUUUGCAAGCUGCCAAAAUAAUAGCUUAGGAAAAGAAUUAGUUUGCCUGCAUGAUGAUUCUCUUAGGCAAAAAUGUCUUAAUAGCAGUUGACCUUGAUGAAACGUUUUCCCAAAGGCGUUCCAAAGAAGAAUGAUCCACCCCAGAAUGAGAGGGAAAUGAAUGAAUGUUUUUUUCUGAUGUUGGCUUGAAUUGUGGGCCUUCGUGUAGGGCACCAAUGAUUUGGAAAGAAGUGGGUGACUUCUGAAAAAAUGACUGCCUUGGGUAUUGAGGUCAUCUAUUCCUCUGUUUCUCACUGAAGUCCUCUGGCUGAGCUGAGAUUCACUUCGGAGACAAUGCCACUGACCAAUAUGGCAGACUGGAAAACCGCUCCUCUCUGAUGGGGAAGGUCUCUGAGGUUGAACUCUUCUCCAUGGUGACUGGACUUGGAGUCCUACAUGCUGGCUGCGAAGCUGGGCAUUUAGUUUCUAUCCUGGAUGCUUCUUAGGGCCCUGGCUGGAGUUGUUUUCUGUACAUUGUGACCACAGAUGAUUGAUCUCCCGGUGUCAGGAUUUUCUGGACAUCUGUGAUUUUUCCACAGAGACCUGAGGUGGUGAAAACUCAGUGAACAAUACAUGAAAUGACUUAGGCGUGCACAAUGUUGUUAUGGGGGGGAGGGGGUUGCAAUUUGGCACCGUUCUCUUGAGAAGGGUCCAUUCAAGGGACCAGGCUUGUCAGUUUCCAUGUCUGCAGGGAGAAGCGGCCACGCCAGCCACGGGCCAUCCCUUGGGAAAGAAGAAUGGUUUGAUAGAAAGCAAUCUAUUUUUCUGUUUUGGAAAGCACACAACAGAGCUACAAACCUCCAAUGAUGACUUUUCUUCGAAUGUGUAAAAUAAGGCUUUCUUUGUCAAUUCUGCUGUAAAAUAAGCACUGUCCAAGUAAAAAA